CGGAAGAUAAGGUUAAAGUCCGGGUUGACUCGAGUUGAGUUUAUUUUGACACAAACAUUUAAGUGAAUUACUGUUACAGUAUAUCGUUUCCACAUAGGUUGAAUCAUAGUUCGGUCUUAGUGCAUAUUUAACUAUCAGCAUCUGUCUGUCAUCAUUAGAGGAAAAUUUUUGAUUUUACCUAUCAAUUUUGUCUGCUAAGUUCACUAAACUUGCAGUGAUGCUCUGAGUCUGAUAGUUUCAUCAUUCAUGAUUAGUUAUCUUAUGAGCUCUUAACAAAAUCGUAAGUUGAGUUCGGUCCAGUCCAGAGUGUCAGUUCUAAUCAAACCAUUGGCAAACAUAGUCACUUGAGGUUAACUUCUUUCAUAGAUUCAACAUGAAUGUUCGGGGUGUCAAUGCUGCUAAAAGCAUUUUAAGAAAUAGAAGCAGCUCAAGCAAAUUUGGUGCAUUCACCAGCAGCCAGUUGCACUCAACAGCAAGUGCAGCUCUUCCUCUGAAAUCUUAUGAGGAGGUUCAGAUCCCUGUUCCUUGGGGGCAUAUCUCAGGUAAAUGGUGGGGACGUAGAGAUGUGACCCCUGUCCUUGGCUUGCAUGGAUUUGAAGACAAUGCCGGAACAUAUGAUGGUCUGGCUUCGCUGUUGGAUGUGCCGGGCUUCCUUGCGUUAGAUGCUCCAGGCCAUGGAAAAUCUUCACAUGCACCAUGCGGGAUGGCUUACACCUUCAUUGAUUUCGUCAUUGCUUUGCGGCGUGUGGUCCAACAUUAUGGAUGGUCGAAACUAUCUAUCAUAGGGCACUCCUUUGGUAGUGCUACGACCCACAUUUAUUCUUCUCUGUACCCAUCGAAUGUAGACAAAUUUGUAAGUUUGGACUGUGCAAGGACCUUAAUGGCUCUUUAUCCCACUAGAGGAAAGUAUGGUCUGUCACUUCUUAAAAAGAUAAGCGAAGUUACAAUCAAGGCUGAUCGAGAUGUAGGUAAGGACCCUCCAGCAUACACUUAUGAAAAUAUGGUGGAUGCAUUUUGCAAGGCAACCCAGGACUCGGUAGAGAAGGAGCAUGCAGGACCUCUGCUUCAGAGGGGUUCAAUGGCACACCCUCAGCAACCUCAAAACUUUUACUUCAGCAGGGAUUCUAAACUCAGAUAUGGUGACUUUUGUCGUCCUAAUCUUGAAACUUUACAAGAAUCGGCUAAAAAUAUCAAGUGCCAUGUGUUGACUGUUCUGGGCACCCAAGGAUUUGUAAAUGUGCUUUCUGAUGCCGAUGCAGGCAAAGCGUAUUUCCAUCUAGAGAAGCUGGUAGAAAAGUCUGCAGCAAGUUAUAGUAGAGUUAAUGUUGAAGGAACUCAUCAUGUACACCUCAAUAACCCUGAAAGAGUUGCCCCACACAUCAAUAAGUUUUUGGCUCAAUAAUUGUGUCAAUUUAUAGAAAAAAUUUGUAAAUAUUUUUGCUAUUGGCAACUGCUUUGCUUAAAAAUAUGUGAUAUAAUUUACUUAUACUUGUAUAGUAUUUUUGUAUGGCUGGCAAGGUAUUACUAUUUUGAAGUAUUAAUAAAUAAAACUGUCAGUAAUUUAAUAAAAAGUAUAUAAUGUG